UUAGCCCAUGGAAAGUUCGUGCUCCCACCCUAACCGCAAAGUCUUCCACAUUCAUCUUGCGCAUCACGGCAACAAAAGAUAUCCUGCUGAGAGAUGGAUUCUCUGUGUGAAUCAGGGCCUUGCAAUCAUGAUAUCUGCAACUCGCUCCGAUGCGGAGCCGACCGCAUUUUGAAGCUCAUGCAAGAACUGCUGGACCGUCUCGCCGCCAAUGCAUCCGACGACUGGGAGCGCCUCUACGAGUGCAAGGACCUGCGAGAUGAGAACGGGAGACUCAAAGAGCGAUUGGAUAAUAGCAUACCCCUGGACGAUUGGGGGAAGCCACCCUUUAAGCUGCGGACGGCGCUCGAAGCGGACAAGGAAGACCUCGUUCCAAAGUUAACGGCGGAGAUCAAGAAUCUGCAUAAACGACAUCGCGACAUGGCGGAGAGACUCCAAAACGCCACGUCAAAGAACUGGGAGCUGAACUAUAAGUGUAGGGACCUGACUGGAGAUGUCUGGAGACUCAAAGGGCAGCUGAGAAGCAGCGUCAUGACCGAGGACUCACAAAUGCCCUCGCUCAAACCCAAAACAGCACUGGAGAAUGCGUUGGAAAAAGAGAUUCGGCGAUUGAAGGAGGGUGAUAAGCAGUUGGCUGGAAGAAGCAGGUCUAGAUCGAUGUAAAGAAACUAGGGGUUCAAUACGAAGCGAGGAAGGUCCUUCUCCAGAGUUUUCUUACUCCGCGCUCUCAUUCUUGUUUCCCUGUUCGCCGUUCCAAGGGCCCCUUCAACUGCUCAUUCGGUAGUUCCCUCAUUCAUCUCCCUCUCCCCCGUCCUCGGCCCCUCC